AUGUCCGGCUUGGAGAAAGCCCUAUUUAACCUCAAGUUUACGGAAAAGCAGCUCACCCGUCAAGCGGCGAAGGCGAAGCAAGAGGCUGCAAAGGAUGAAGCGAAAUUAGAAAAGGCUAUGAAGCAAGGAAACCAGGAUAUCGCCAAAGUAUACGCCCAAAACGUCAUUCGAAAGCAGAACGAGCACCUCAACCUUUUGAGACUUGCGAGUCGUAUCGAUGGUGUCGCAAGCCGGGUUCAGACAGCCGUAACGAUGAGACAAGUUUCGAAUAGUAUGGCAAAUGUCGUGAAGGGGAUGGACGGUGCUAUGAAAUCAAUGAAUCUUGAAAAGAUUUCGAUGGUGAUGGACAAGUUUGAAUCGCAGUUUGAGGAUUUAGAUGUUGCAACUAGUUAUUAUGAAAAUGCUACUACCUCAGCCAACGCUAUAAACACUCCACAGGAAGAUGUUGACCGACUGUUGGGGAAGGUGGCGGAUAAAGUGGGAGUUGAGCUAGAUCAAGAACUCAACGCUGCGACACCUGCGAGAGGGAUACAACAACCUACAGAAGUUGAGGAAGAAGGGCUAGGGGAGCGUCUGAGGGCCCUCCGGAAUUAA